AUGCCAUUAGUUUUCAAGCAGCUGGAAAAGUUGGCUAAACCUUUGGCGUUUCUGUCUAGGUUUUCCGCCAAACGUCCUAUUCAUGUUAUUCUAACAUCGUUAUUGGUAUCAGCGGUGGCAUAUCUAUCAGUAAUGCAAUUUUUUUUUUCUGAACUGCAAUUGAACUCCACUGCCCUAUUCUAUCCAGAAAACCCUAAUGCAGAGCAGCUUUUCAAAGAAUGUACCCAUUAUUACAAGGAUCCAGCAAGGGAAGGCUGGUCAUUAUUAUCUGCAGAAGAAGCAUUGUCACAUUCCAAGGAUGAACAUUAUUACCUCUUCAACUUGGAUUUUGAAAGCACUAAUGCUUCUAUACCACUUCCCUACUUAGAUCAUUUGCUUUAUGACGAUGGUAAUAAUAAAUUUGUCCUCACAGAGGAUCCAGUUAUUCAAAUGGAAUAUUUAUCCAGUGAUGGUACUUUCUGGAGAUUGAGUAAUUACAGAACUAAAAUUUAUGAAGUUCUAAAUGCGUUUUUAUCCAUUAUGGAAAAUUUAAGACAGAGGAUAAGCGAGUCUGAACCUACUGAUAUUUUCAUCAUUGGUGCCGCAUAUUUAAUAAUGCUUUACACUAUCGGAGGUUUAUUCAAGGAUAUGGCCAAAGUGGGAUCCAAAUUCUGGUUGGGCUUAGGAGCCAUCUUCAGUUCUUCAUGUUCACUUUUCCUGGCGCUGUACACUACACAAUGUCUUAUCAAUAAACCUGUAACAGCAUUGUCGCUCAUUGAAGGUUUACCAUUUGUUGCAGUCAUGGUAGGAUUUAAACAUAAAGUUAAACUGGCAGCAUACACUCUACAAUGUUUUGACAAAGUUGGCCUUUCUAGAAAAGUCAAUACUGAUAAAGCCAUUUCCGAUGCGAUGUCUACCGAAGGCGCUCGUCUUUUACAGGAUCACUUGUUAGGUAUUGUUGCAUUUAUCGGCUGUUCCAUCUAUGCUAUGCACUUAGAGGCGCUAUCCAAUUUUUGCAUCUUUUCCACCUUGAUUCUAAUCUAUGAAUUGCUAAUGACUUCCACCUUCUUUUGUGCAGUUUUAGCCUUAAAGAUGGAUAUUAACAUCAUUUACAGAUCUACCAUUAUCAAACAAACUUUAGAAGAAGAAGGCGUAGUCCCUAAAACUGCUGAUUUGAUCUAUGGUAUGGAAUCUAAAGAUUCCAUUCUUCAAUCUAAUGGUUCAUUCGGUAGGGCUAAAUUACCUGUAGUAAUUUUGUGUGGAGCCGUUGUUUUUUACCACUUCCUCCAUAAAUUUGGUGGUAGAUGGGGAUCUGAAACUUUUGCAUCUUUGUACUCUGGUUCAUCUGCCACCCAUUUACCAGAAUUUAUCAGAGCUAACCAAAGUGGAGCCCAAAUCCGUGAGAACCUUGUCAUUUCAGUGGCCCCCGUCCAGUACUAUACACCUAAAAAGGCAUAUCAACAUGUGGAAGAUAUCAUUGUGCUAUUGAUUCGUUAUUUAAGUGUUUCUAUCCGUGACCGUCUUAUUAGCAAAGUGGUUUUCUUCGCAUUCAUCAUUAGCGCUUCCAUUAACAUCUACCUUUUGAAUGCAGCCAAGAUCCACUCUAACUAUGCUACAGAUGAAUUCACUAAAAAGACAAAGGAUAGAAAGAAAGCUUCCUCAGCUAAGCCUGAAACUGGUUCCCUCGAACGUCUACCGGCAAAUGUGACCGAUCUCACUGAACCAGGUAGUGCUACGGUAAGCACCAACGAAGAAGAAGACGAAGAAGAAGACGGGAAUGGAAAGGCUACUGAUGGUAAUGGUGAUAGACAAUUGAUCUCCAAGAGACCCUUGCAGGAAUUGGAGCAAGCCAUGAAGGAGGGUAACGUUCGCCAUCUAAAAAACAAUGAGGUGGCCUCGCUAGUGGUCAAUGGUAAAUUGCCUCUCUAUGCAUUGGAGAAGCAGUUAGGCGACACAACUCGUGCUGUUGCAGUUCGCCGUAGAGCCUUAGCAGUUUUGGCAGAGGCACCUGUUUUAAGUACCGAACGUUUACCCUAUAAGCACUACGAUUACGAUCGCGUCUAUGGAGCUUGUUGUGAAAACGUCGUUGGUUACAUGCCCUUACCAGUAGGUGUCAUUGGUCCAUUGGUUAUCGACAAUGUUUCUUACCAUAUCCCAAUGGCAACUACGGAAGGUUGUUUAGUGGCAUCCGCCAUGCGUGGUUGUAAAGCCAUUAACGCAGGAGGUGGGGCUACAACGGUUUUAACCAAGGACGGUAUGACAAGAGGCCCCUGUAUUAGAUUCCCAUCAUUGGCAAGAAGUGGUGCAUGUAAGAUUUGGCUUGAUAGUGAAGAAGGUCAAGCCAAAGUUAAGAAGGCUUUCAACUCUACUUCACGUUUUGCUCGUUUACAACAUGUCCAAACUGCUUUAGCCGGUGAUCUCCUAUUUGUUCGUUUUAGAACAACUACAGGUGAUGCCAUGGGUAUGAACAUGAUUUCUAAGGGUGUUGAGUUCUCCUUACAACAGAUUGCUAAUGAAUUCGGUUGGGAAGAUAUGGAAAUUGUUUCCGUCUCGGGUAACUACUGUACUGAUAAAAAGGCAGCUGCCAUCAAUUGGAUCGAAGGUCGUGGUAAAUCUGUUGUCGCUGAAGCCACAAUUCCAGGCGAUAUUGUCAGAAAGGUUUUGAAAAGUGAUGUUAGUGCAUUGGUAGAAUUAAACAUCGCCAAAAAUCUAGUUGGAUCCGCCAUGGCCGGUUCUAUUGGUGGAUUCAACGCACAUGCUGCCAAUUUAGUCACUGCCGUCUUUUUAGCACUAGGUCAAGAUCCUGCUCAAAGUGUUGAAGGCUCAAGUUGUAUGACCUUAAUGAAAGAAAUUGAUGGUGAUCUCCGUAUAUCCGUGUCAAUGCCAUCUAUUGAAGUCGGUACCAUUGGUGGUGGAACAAUUUUGGAACCUCAAGGUGCAAUGCUAGAUCUCCUGGGUGUUAGAGGUCCACACCCAACUGAACCUGGUUCUAAUGCACGCCAAUUAGCUAGAAUCGUUGCUUGUGCCGUAAUGGCUGGUGAAUUGUCAUUGUGUGCUGCCUUAGCGGCUGGUCACCUGGUACAAAGUCACAUGACCCAUAACCGUGGAAAAACUAACGCCGCUCCUUCACCUGGAAUUACUACUGCAGAACCAACUAAGCAGGAUCCUAACAUUCAAAGGCUUAAGGAAGGAUCCGUUACCUGCAUAAAAUCUUAG